AUGCUUUCCAACCCAUCAAGCAGUCAAGCAGCACAAAUGACACAGCAAUUGGAUAAACCAGCAGCAACUACAGCGUCAAGUAACAUCAUUGUCGUCUCGAACAGACUCCCAGUGACGAUCACCAAGGACGCCACCACGGGCAAGUACUCCUACAAGAUGUCAUCUGGGGGGCUAGUCACAGGGUUACAGGGGCUUAAGAAGACCUCUUCGUUCCAAUGGUACGGAUGGCCCGGUCUGGAAGUACCCGAUGAUGAGAAGGAACAAGUCAGGAGGGAUCUGAAGGAGCAAUUCAACGCCAUCCCCGUGUUCUUGAGUGACGAAGUGGCAGAUUUACAUUAUAAUGGGUUCUCCAACUCUAUUCUAUGGCCCUUGUUCCAUUACCACCCUGGUGAAAUUACAUUUGAUGAGAAUGCCUGGUUGGCUUACAACGAAGCUAAUAAGACGUUUGCAGAUGUCAUUGCCGAGAAUGUGAAGGAUGACGAUCUCGUUUGGGUGCACGAUUACCAUUUGAUGUUGGUCCCUGAGAUGUUGAGGGCCGAGUUCAACAGAAGGAAGUUGAGGGACGUUAAAUUAGGAUGGUUCUUGCAUACUCCGUUCCCCUCGAGUGAAAUUUACAGGAUCUUACCUGUGAGACAGGAGAUCUUAAAGGGUGUGUUGAGUUGUGACCUGGUCGGGUUCCACACCUAUGAUUAUGCAAGACAUUUCCUCUCCGCUGUGCAGAGAGUGUUGAAUGUGAAUACGUUACCCAAUGGGGUGGAAUACAAUGGUCAUUUCGUCAAUGUGGGUGCGUUCCCCAUUGGGAUUGACGUGGAUAAGUUCACCGUGGGAUUAAAGAAGCCAGAGGUUAUUCAAAGGAUUGAAGAUUUGAAGAAAAAGUUUAAAGGUUGCAAGAUUAUUGUUGGUGUGGAUAGAUUAGAUUACAUUAAGGGUGUUCCUCAAAAAUUACACGCUAUGGAGGUGUUCCUUCAAGAACACCCUGAAUGGGUAGGUAAAGUGGUCCUUGUGCAAUUGGCCAUCCCCAGUCGUGGUGACGUGGAAGAGUACCAAUACUUGAGAUCCGUCGUCAACGAGUUGGUCGGUAGAAUCAACGGUCAAUUCGGUACCAUAGAAUUCGUUCCCAUCCAUUUCAUGCAUAGAAGUAUCCCCUUCGAAGAACUAAUCUCAUUGUAUGCUGUCAGUGACGUAUGUCUGGUUUCAUCCACGAGAGAUGGUAUGAACUUGGUAUCGUACGAAUACAUCGCAUGUCAAGAGGAGAAGAAGGGGUCCUUAAUCCUGAGUGAAUUCGCCGGUGCUGCACAAUCCAUGAAUGGGGCCCUCAUUGUGAACCCCUGGAACACGGACCAAUUGUGUGAGUCCAUCAACGAGGCCUUGACGCUACCUGACGAGAAGAAAGCCGCCAACUGGGAGAAACUGUACAAAUAUAUAUCCAAAUACACCUCGGCUUUCUGGGGGGAGAACUUUGUGCACGAGUUGCGCAGCAGUGUGGGGGACAACGUGCAGACUCUGGGUACCAAGGACGUGUACUAG